CAAAGGGCCAGUAUUAAGAUAUACAGAUUAUUAAUUAUGCCAGUACAUGAUAAAUUGUGUAAUUGAGGGCGUCCAAAAAUUUAAGAAUUAUGUAAACUAUACUGUAUUGGACAUUUUACUAAACCCUAUAGUCAAAUUCUAUAGAGAGGAGAAAUAAAUAUCAAUAUCAUGGCAAAGACAUACUGCAGCGAAGUAUGCCAAGUGCUCAGAAUACGGUGUCUAAUAUCAAAGUCAUUAAGUAUGACUAGUUGAUGAUGUCAAAGUAUAUCCGACACCCUCAUCAUCAACACUACAUUCUCAACACGACCAUGCCGAGAAUGCUCGUCAAACAAUCAUUUCUCAUCACUUUUAUGUAAGUAUGAUAGAACUACUUUUAGUGAUUGCCUAAUAUUGCGAGUAUUUACUAUAUAUUCAUCUCAAUUAUCAAUCAGAUACACUGUUAUUUCAUGUAUACCGAGAAAUGCGAGAACACUUGAAUAUAUCACCAUUCACUUCCUUUACACACAUUCAAUGUCUAUAAAGUUUAUAUCCUUCCAAUACAAGUGCCCAAGCGUUCACUAGAUCACAAUAUUCUUCUUAAUCUUUAUAAUAUAUUUUAAAUAUCAUAUAUACAAUUCACUACAUUGACAACUACGUGAUAUGACAAUUCUCUUGAGCCGUAACCUCUCAACUUGAAACUGUAUAUGAAGAAAACUUUACCAAGGAAAUAACAUGCUGUAAAUCAAAUCAUCAGUUUCAAAUAAAUGAUACCAUGUCAAUGAUUGAGUGUUAUUGCUUUACGUAUUCAGCAAAUUACUUGAGUUUGACAGUGACGCGAAUAAAAAAUCCCCUUCAGAGCUCAGGAGUCAUCGCACUAUUAUUAACUACGAUAUAUGAAAUUUACUAAGGGAAUAAAAUGAGAACAUAAAUGAUCAAAUAAAAUUCACGUUCUAUACAAUGCUUGAGAUAGGCAGUACUUGAGACUCUGACACGAAUAUAUUAGAAUACUUCUAUUUCAUUGACAGACUUGAGAAACCUGAUAUCUGAACAAUUUGUAUACCUAUGCAAAAUUCCUUAGAAUAGAAUAGAUCAAAAUUGGGAAAUUACAGCACUUGUCCUAUACUCUAUUUCGUUCAAAUAUUGUAUGGACCAAUGUCUAUAAUAUAUACUUGUAUAUCUUUCUAUUUAUUAAUAAAUUAUAUUUUAUUAGAAUUGUCUGCAUAUAGGUCUUUUGCUUGCAAUUAUUCUUACAGGUUUUUAACAUUGUUUCUUGGUGGAAGUUUUUCAAGUGAAACUAAGAAGCCUAAACGGGGUUAGUAUACAAAGCAAAUAUAUUCAAGUCCCGCUUUAAUGAUUUUCAAUGUUUUAUCAUUAACUUGCACGAGUUUUUAAUGACUAAUUAGAAUAUAAUGGUAGGCUUGUGUUUAAGUCAGAGAUACUCCUACGCACGCUCAGUGGGUUCCAUAAACAUCACGUAUCAAAUGUGUGUUUGUAAUGUUGCAGAGUUUGGGCUCUAAGGAUUAACCACGUUAGAGUUGCGCGUUUAAUAUAGUGAUGUGCUGCAUAUAAUUUAAAAGUUUUGUCUCCUAAUUUCCUCUAAUGAUGAGCUUUCAUUACUGUUGUUUCAAGAAUUAUACUUUUGCAUCGAUCGAAAUCAGUAUAAAACGAAGACGAUCCCCGCAAACAGUGAUCACGUCAUUCUUGGUUUCUGAUUGUGAAAAUAUCAUCUUCUUAAUGCUAAUUUCCACUCAGGAAAAUUAUCCGUGGAUUGGAACGGACAAGAAAAUUUUUCUUUGUCUUUUGAGUGGUUUGAACUAAUGACUUUAACACAAAGAAAAAUUUUCUUGUCCGUUCCAAUCCACGGAUAAUUUUCCUGAGUGGAAAUUAGCCUUUAUGUCAUGAACUCUGGCACCAGUUAGAGUCUUUGACGUAAGCACUAUAAAAAGUUUUUGUAAUUGCUUAUCAAAGAGGCAUCCAAAAUUAUAAUACAAUGCUGGAAUACAAUGCUGGGGUCAGAUCAUGCCUCUUUGACCUUGUCACAAUUACAAUACUACAAUCUAAUGCUAUGUAUUACUAUUAAUCAGAAACAUCUACUGUAGAUAGUAGUAAUUGUGACAAAUCUUGAUAGGAAAAUGUCCGCGACGUCAGAUCAGAUUGACUGGUAGUAAACUUGGUACAAUUGAAACUCCUGGCUAUCCACAUCCUUAUCGCAGAAGUCAAAUAUGUUGGUGGCGUAUUAAAGUACCACGAGGUUGUAGAAAUAUCCUUAUUACCUCGUAUGUGUGAAAAGUAUUUUUAUACACUCCUAUACUCAAGCUAAAAACUACAAGCACAAUUGAAAAUAUUUAAACAAAAUUUGAAAGCAUGCAUGAGCGUUUAAAUUAUUUCGUUCAACUUUCACAUGUUUCGCCUGCGGCUUUUUGUUUACUUUUUGCAAACAUGCAACCGAGGAAAGUUUUUCAAAAAAUAUACAGCAUGUAUAAUAGUGAUAAUAUCAAGCAAAAUUUUCAUGAUUAUAGGGGAAGAAACAAGACUUAUAGUGCAAAAACUUGUGCUUUCAAAUUGUAAACAAUAUGCCUUCCUGAAAUUUUGCAGUAGUUUCUAUUAAAAAGUCGUAUAAAAAUAUAAAAAUGUACUCACAGCAAUCGUAAUGUCGUUAAAAUCGAUGAAAUACAUGGAAACAUAACUGUGAAGAAAACAUUGCUAUCACCUAAAAUGCAUAGACAAAAUUUACCAUUCAAAUUUUAUCAUAGGCGUACGGGGCUGAUGUUGUCCAGGGGGGGGGGGCAGUUGAAAGUUUGCCAGAAUUUUUAUGGAGGUUGUAAUAAAAUUACCUGAAUUUAACCUAAUUUCUUAAAAAUCUGCCCGAAUUUUCUUGAUUUUUCCUAGCAUUUGCCUGAAUUUCCAUGGUUUUCGAAAUUUGGGGGGGGGGCAGUCGCUCCCCCCCCCUGCCGCCUGCCUCGUACGCCUAUGAAUUUUAUCGAAAUUAAUAGCGAAGAUAAUUGAAUUGGAGCGAAGGCCCUUCGUCCAGAGUUAGUAGGACAUAGCAUCAUACACACAAGUUCGCAAUAAACCUUACUUCGCUACAGACACUCAAGAUUUUAUAAUUGGUAUAGUUAUAUUUCCACAAAAAUAAAAUAAUUAUAAAUUUAAUAAAAUUUCUUGUUGUAUUAUCGAGGUUUCUUUGUGCACUUGGAAUUUCAUGACAAGAUUGGUAUUGCAUGCACUUCAAAAGACAGAGUGGCAGUGAGUUCCGGUCCAUUGUACUACCGGGUAGUACCACGUGGUUCAGGGACAACUGCAGUGUUAUGUGGGCAGUCUCGAAUGUCAAAUGUCAGCGUCCCAGGCAGACAAAUGUGGGUCCGCUUUCACGCAGUGAGCGAUGGCAGUGGAAAACAACAAAAUAUUGGAUUUAGGGCAACGUAUCGAGCCAUGGGUAAUAAUUUAUAUUGUAUAUAUGUAUAAAUCAUAGGAUGUUUGGAAGCUGAUUAUAUAAAGCUGGUUUAGACUAUCAUAGAAACUUUGAUAAAGUAAACCUAUAUAUAUAUACAUGUAGGGGUGGUUGCCAAUUUAAUAACAUAACUUGAGCAAAGUCGUCGGCUUGAAAAAGAGAAAAGAAUGAGGUGAAUUUCGGAUUUCUUUGUACAGCGGUCCACAUUUAAAGACUUGGUGGUGAUUUACAGAAAAUGAUGCAAAAGUUUAAUUUCUAGACAAUGAUGAAUGUAAAAGAGAAGAACAUAAAUGUGAACAAAACUGCAUUAACAAAAUAGGAAGUUAUCGUUGUUCAUGCAAUCUUGGCUAUAUGUUGGAUAAUAAUGGUUUGAAUUGUACAGGUAAGUACUUCAAUAUUUAUUUCUCUAACAAUUAACGUCACGUCAAUAUUAAAGGAGUAGCAUAAACCAUAAAUAUACGACUACUAACUUCCUG